AAAAUUUUGAUGGUGUUACUAUUUUCCUAGCUGUUUUCUAGCUGGCUUUCUAGUAAAUACCAAUCUUGUAGUAUUUUAUACCAUGGCUCACAUACAGUAUACAGAUAACCUGAUUCGUGAGUAUAUCCUAUUUCGAGGAUUUUCCAAUACCGUAAAGUCGUUCGAUGUUGAGCUGAAAAAUGAUAAGGAUAAGAGUUUUCGGGUAGACAAAAUAAUCGAUCAAUUAAUGCAAAUGAUUCAGACACAAGAUUUGCAAGGGUUACGAGAUCUGUGGGGUCACCUAAACAUUCAUCUGUUUCGUAAUUUGGAACAUAGUUUUACCACUGCUGUGGUUAAAUUAGAACAGUCGAUUCUUAAGCUCUAUCUGAUUAUUGCCCAUGUAGCUAAUAAAUCGGAUAAGGUGAAUGAGUUUUUUACCAAGCUCGCUCCAGAACUGGUUUCACAAUCCGAAUGGAAGGAAUGGUUUUUUUUUCCGUUCUGUAAGAAUCCAGAAGAGCAUGCAGCAUUUUCAGUGUGUUUUACCAGACAAUGGCAGGAUACGUUGCUAAUUUCGCUUCACAAUUUUUUAUCUACCAUUUACCAAUGCAUGCCCCAACCAACUCUUUCCAAAGUGGAAGGUGAAAGCAGUUUACUGCGAAAGUUGCAGGAAGAAAACACCCAACUACGAACAAAAUUACAAAGCAUUCAGCAACAAGGUGCAACAACCACGGCUGGGUCAGCUCAUCAAUCACGGUUGUCCUCAUUCAGCGAUCAAAAAUACAGUGCCGAUGGCAAAACACGCUAUUCAACACGAGCAGCUAGUUCUGUGCAAUCCCUGAACGACAUAAUUCCUUUUGACAUUCCACCGCCAGCCCAUAUCGUGGACGAUUUUUAUAUUAUAGCGCAAGAGUCAAAUAAUAUAGGCAAUGCAGCAGAGUCGCAAGCUCGAGGACUCAAAUCACUUAUUAGGAAUAUCAGUUCUGGGGGCAGUCCCGUUCUUGGGCGUAAAGAUACUGCCUCGGAGAAGAAUAAGAAGCGCUCCGGUAGUGUUGGCAGUCGCAGUAACUGGAUACACAACUAAGCUAAUGACAAUGAGAUUCUCUUGCAAUUGAUUUUUUUUAUUCCAUUUAACUAU